UUAAUUUUUUUUUUAAAAAAAAUAAGUAGAUUGGUAUCCUCUUUUACCUACCUCUUUUUCUAUCAGACCAUUAUGUGAAGGUCGCUAUCCAGCAAACUAUACAUACUUUUUCCCAUCGAAGACUAAUUAUGUCAAGCUUGGGGGUACAACGUGGUUUCUAUGUAUAAUGAUCUGAUAGGUGCUAUGUAAAUUAGGCAUCUUUUCAUAGUGAUAAUGUUCUUACAAUCGUAGAAACAGCAAAGCGGAAGACUUGGAUAUUAGGUUGGAGGAGUUGAAGCAGAGCUGAAGAUAGACAAUGCCUUUUUGGUAUGCCUAAAGAACAAUCUGUAACGAUCCCAUCUCACUGUUAUAGCUAUAGAGAAGGAUGGAGCUACUGUUGAAACAAUCUGAAAGAAGCCUAUUUCAUUGUUAUUGUUCUAAGAAAGAUGUACGAAUGCAGCUAUGGUCCAACAAUUCUUUUUCAAACCUCCUCACAAGCUGAAAGAAGUACACUGAUCCAUCUGUAGAGUAUGACCUGAAGCUUUGGCCAUUCAAGGUCAUUCCUGAUCCUGGCAACAAUCCCAUGAUUGUUGCAUCCUACAAAGGGGAGGAAAAGCAAUUUGCACCUGAGGAGAUUUCUGCUAUGAUUCUCACAAAGAUGAAGGAGGUUGCUGAGGCCUACCUUGGGUUACCAGUAAAGAAUGCUGUUAUUACCGUCCCAGCCUAUUUCAAUGAUUCGCAACGCCAAGCAACUAGAGAUGCCGGAGCCAUCUCUGGCCUCAAUGUAUUGCGUAUCAUCGUUGAACCAACAGCUGCUGCGAUUGCUUAUGGUCUUGACAAAGAAUUGCUCAACAACACAGGCGGCCAGAAGAAUGUACUUAUUUUUGACCUUGGAGGUGGUACUUUUGAUGUUUCUCUUCUCACUAUUGAGAAGAGCAUGUUUGACGUGAAAGCUGUUGGGGGAGAUACUCAUCUUGGUGGAGAGGACUUUGACAAUAGAAUGGUGAACCACUUUGUCCAAGCGUUCAAGCGAAAGCACAAGAAGGACAUCAGUGGAAAUCCGAGAGCUCUUAGGAGAUUAAGGUCAGCUUGUGAGAGGGCAAAGAGGAUACUUUCCUCUAUUCAUCAGACAUCAAUCGAGAUUGAUGCUUUGUUUGAGGGUACUGAUUUUCAAUCAACCAUUACAAGGCCAAGAUUUGAGGAGCUGAACAUGGACUUGUUCAGGCAAUGCAUGGAGCCAGUUGAAAGCUGCUUAAGGGAUGCCAAGAUGGACAAGCAUAGCGUCCAAGAUAUCGUUCUUGUGGGUGGUUCAACCAGGAUUCCAAAGGUUCAGCAGUUGUUGCAAGAUUUCUUUAAUGGCAAGACCCUUUGCAAGAGCAUUAACCCAGAUGAAGCCGUUGCCUAUGGUGCAGCUGUUCAAGCUGCAAUCUUGGAUGGCAGGGGCAACCAGAAGGCUCUGGAUAUUGCACUUAUGGAUGUUACCCCAUUGUCUCUUGGUUACCAAACCAAGGGAGAGGUCAUGAAUGUUGUGAUCCCUAGGAACACCACCAUCCCUACGAAAAAGGAGACAACAUGUACAACAGCUUGCGAUAACCAGACUAGUAUAUUGUUUCCGGUGUACGAAGGUGAGCGAGCAAGAUCAACAGAGAACAAUUUGUUAGGUGAAUUCACGCUCGAGGGUAUUCCUCCAGCCCCUAGAGCAGUCCCUGUAAUCAAUGUCUGCUUUGAUCUGGAUGCCAACGGCAUUUUAAAUGUCUCUGCAGAGGAUGAAAAUACAGGGCAGAAAAGUAGAAUCUCCAUCUCUUUUGAUAAAGGAAGGUUGUCAAGAGAAGAAAUUGAGAAGAUGGUCCAGGCAGCCGAGAAGUACAAGUUUGAGGAUGAGGAGCACAAAAAGAAGGUCAAGGCAAAGAUUGCCUUAGAGGAUUAUACAUACAACUUGAGAGACACCAUCAAGAGUAAGAACAUUAGUUCUAGUCUGUCAUCUGCUGACAUGAAGAAGAUUGAGGAUGCAAUUGAGGAUGCCAUGCAAUGGUUGGAUGGGAAUCAGCUUGGAGAGACGGACGAAUUUGAGGACAAGAUGAAGGAGCUUGAGAGUAUUACCAAGCGCCUUAUGAUUACGAAGAAGGACUAACGUGAUCCUUCCAAGAAGAAUUGAGCAUGGAACUUAAAAGUUUCCUUCUAAGAAGAAUUGGCACGGACCAUAAAGUUUUCCUUUUGCAUCAAAGGACUUAUUGACUUGGGAACGAAUCAAUCAACUAAACCAAAUUUAGUAAGUUGGAAGCUUGGGCUAAUUAUCCCAAGACUUGCUUUGGAAUAUGAACAACAAUAGUUGUGACUUUUAAUUAUUUGCACUUAAUCUUUUCCUCCAAUUUUCUAUGGGGUUCAUUCUUGAUGUGCAUUGGACUUCCAUACCUUGUUAUUUAGUUACGAGUUUGUAAGAAACAACCAUGCCCA